UAUUUGGGUGAACAUUACCACUAAAAUAUCGCAUCCGAAUGUUUCGCUCCUCGUAUCCUCCUCAUCCUUUUAUGCGUGUCUUCCCCCAACGAAACCAGCGAGACCAAACGUGGUAACGCUUUGAAUCUUUGAAUUCAUUCAAAGAUCCCCCUUCUGUCUCCCUCUCUACGCAUAUCAGGGCACUAUGGCUGCCACGGUGAAACAAAUGUCUUUGAUCGUGUCACUGUUCGGCGUGGUGUCCUUCAUUUUGGGUGUUGUUGCUGAAAACAAGAAGCCUGCGGCAGGAACACCCGUGCCUGGUUUGGAUGGUGUCUCUGUCACCUGCAAGUACCCAGCUGAUCCAACUGUUGCAUUGGGGUAUCUUUCUACAGCAUUUCUUGUUGCAUCCACUGUGACUGGAUAUCUGUCUUUGUUUUACCCUUACAAAGGAAAGUCUAUUCCACAAGGGGUUCUGUUUAAGCACACCACUUUCACAGUGUUCUUCAACAUUUCUUUGUUCACCACUGGAUUAGCUGCAGCUAUGCUGUUAUGGCCAACAAUCACCGAACACAUUCACCUGACACGCAAUGUGCACCGCAAUAUCAACUAUGAAUGUCCUACAGCUAAAACUGGUCUACUUGGAGGUGGUGCCUUUCUAUCACUUGAUUCAUCUCUCCUUUGGUUGAUUGCCCUUAUGCUAGCUGACAAUGCUCGCGAGGACUUCUUUGAAGAAGAAGGAGAAGAUGGUGACAAGGGUGAAUUUGGCACAGCCUCCUCUGAUGCUUAUUAUGAUGCUGAUUCAGGACCGAAGGCUAGUUCCUGAAGUAUGCUACAAGUAGAAAUAAGUGUUGCACCUGGUAUUUCUGUAGUUUCCUUUUAAUCACGCUGAACAAUUCCGUGAAAUAAUGAAUGUACAUAUAUUUAAAAUGGUUGUUCUCGGUGAACAUUUAUUGUGCUUAAGCACUACUGCAGAAAAAAACAUAGUUGUUUGUAAAAUGGAUUCCUUGUCAGUAAAUCUCUCAUUUUAUUCCUUGAAUUUUACACAUUUAUUUAAGGGGGAUACCUUA